CGCGCGCAACGCGAUUGGUUAAGAGCGGCGCGCUGUGCGCCGCCUCGUUUGGGAGGGAAGUGGCGUCGGAUUGGCUGGCUCGAGGGCUUCGUGCGCGUGCACCCUUUCCGAUUCUGGUUGCUACGCUUGUUACGUGCGGCCGUAGUGGCGUCUCAGGAGUUGCGUCGAGUGCGUAAGGUGAAAGAACGAGAGCGAGCGAAGAAAGCACAGAGCAACGGACGGGGAAGGAAUUUAAAAAAAGACAGACAGACAGAGAGAGAGAGAGAGAGAAAGAAAGAUUUCAGGUUCUCGGAGUUUUUUUGGGGGAGGAUUUUUUUAAUAUUGGGAAUUUUUUAAAAGGAAAAUAAUCCGAGUGCAUGGAGUUUCGAGGAGCGGAAGGGCAGUGGUGGAUAUCAGAGUUUAAAUCCGCUGAUUGGAAAAAUCUCAUUCGACUCGUUGGUUGAACGCGAAGGGAGCCGCCAUGGCUGGAGCUGCUGGAUCUCCACCUCAGUGUAUGACAAAAAUAUGAAACAUAUACUGCUAUUAUAUUUAAAAUAAUAAAAAAACCUCCUUUUUUAGAGGCUUUUGGGUGUACAUUGUGUGUACAGAGACUAUAAAAAGAAAAACAGACAACACAAACAGGAGAACCGGUUUGUUCGAGGCCCUGUUUUCUGAUUAAUUACAAUUUACCUUGACAACAAAAAGUAUUCAAGGUUUUAGCUAAGACCUUAGCUACAUAACCACCAGAUACAAGCAAGGAGAGAGGAAAUACAAGCAAGAAGAAGAAGAAAGAAAAACAAGGAGUUGUUCUGAAGAAAUAACCGUAUUUUCUGGUGGAAAGAAAGGCUCGUGUUCUUUUCCCUCUUCAUCCCGUCCUCCAUUUUCACACAGUAAUCCUGCUGGGAGAUUAAAAGUCGAGGCUCCAGGCGGAUAUUGUUUGCUCCCAGGCGGUGUUGAGGCGGUGUUGAGGCAGGGCUGAGGCAGGGUUGAGGCGGGGUUGAGGAUUGGGAGCAUGUCGGGGCGGCCCAGGACCACGUCCUUCGCGGAGAGCUGCAAACCCGUGGCUCAGCCUUCAGCCUUCGGCAGCAUGAAAGUCAGCAGAGAUAAGGAUGGCAGCAAGGUGACGUCAGUGAUGGCGACUCCAGGCCAGGGGCCCGAUCGGCCCCAGGAGGUCAGCUACACGGACACGAAGGUGAUCGGGAAUGGCUCGUUCGGCGUCGUCUACCAGGCCAAGCUGUGCGAGUCCGGAGAGCUGGUGGCCAUCAAGAAGGUGCUGCAGGACAAGAGGUUUAAGAACCGUGAGCUGCAGAUCAUGAGGAAGCUGGACCACUGCAACAUCGUCCGCCUCCGGUACUUCUUCUACUCCAGUGGGGACAAGAAGGAUGAGGUGUAUCUGAACCUGGUACUGGACUACGUCCCCGAGACUGUGUACAGAGUCGCCAGACACUACAGUCGAGCCAAACAGACCCUCCCCAUGGUUUACGUCAAGUUGUACAUGUAUCAGCUCUUCAGAAGUCUGGCCUACAUCCAUUCGUUUGGAAUCUGCCAUCGAGACAUCAAACCCCAGAACCUGCUGCUGGAUCCCGAGACGGCCGUGCUCAAACUCUGUGACUUUGGCAGCGCUAAGCAGCUGGUCCGUGGAGAACCAAACGUGUCCUACAUCUGCUCGCGGUACUACAGAGCUCCAGAACUCAUCUUCGGAGCCACUGACUACACCUCCAGCAUAGACGUGUGGUCAGCAGGCUGUGUGCUGGCUGAGCUGUUGCUAGGGCAACCGAUUUUCCCCGGCGACAGCGGAGUGGAUCAGCUGGUGGAGAUCAUCAAGGUUUUGGGCACACCCACCCGUGAGCAGAUUCGAGAGAUGAACCCCAAUUACACAGAGUUCAAGUUUCCUCAGAUAAAGGCCCACCCAUGGACUAAGGUGUUGCGGCCGCGCACGCCUCCCGAAGCCAUCGCUCUGUGCUCUCGUCUGUUGGAGUACACACCCACGGCUCGGCUCACGCCGCUCGAGGCCUGCGCACACUCCUUCUUUGACGAGCUGAGAGACCCGAACAUCAAACUGCCCAAUGGGAGGGAGAAGCCAUCGCUGUUCAACUUCACCACUCAAGAAUUGUCCAGUAACCCAUCCUUGGCCACCAUCUUGAUUCCUGCUCAUGCACGUAAUCAAGCAGGUGCCUCCACCCCCACCAAUGCCUCCAGCACUACAGAUACUAACAGUGGAGAACGCGGUCAGACCACCAAUGCAGCCUCUGCCUCCGCCUCCAACACCUCCACCUGAGUGUCCCGGCUGUUCAUCCAUCCGGCCCGGCCCAUCCGGGUGACGCCCCGCCCCGCGUUCCCCAGAUUAGUAGGCGGGGUUUAAACCAUCCAGCCACAACAAUUAAAGAAACUGCAAGAGCCAAACCAUAAUUUCAGUGCUUUCAGCGCUGUCCAAACCGAGUUCCGGGACAUGUACAGAACCGUGAUAGUGUAGAGAGUGAAAGACAGAGAGGUGAGCAGUGGCACAGGGGGAGAACUCGCACCAUCAAUCCUGUGGACAAUCUCUUAAUCAAAGCAAUCCAGUAGCUGAAUCCAUCUUCUUCCAUCUCAGUUAAGCGAGCCUGCUGUUCAAAUAGGCUGCCCUCGCUCUCUCCCUUCUCCCUCACUCCCUCUCUCCCUCUCUCUUUCACUCAAUCACCGUCUUAUACACACCGUCUGUCCUUCCUCAUCCUCCUCAUCCUCCUCAUCCUCACACCCCCUUCACCUGUAGUGCAUGGCUUGAAUUUGGUUGGGAGCACUCAAUAACGUAAAAAGAUCCAGGAAAUCGCUAAAAGCAACAUUUUUGUGUAUCAUAUAUAUACAUAUUAUGAAAUGCACUCGGACUGCAUAACAAGCGAAGUAACACGACAAGCGUGCAUGAUUCAGCAACAAAGCCAAAAGAAAACAAAACAAAAAAAUCUCGUUGUGCUCAGAAACAUUUAGUUAGGAGUUUGAAAUAUUUACAUAUGAUUAUUUUAUGUUAUUUUGUUUUAUACUGAAAAUAGGGGGAUUUUAUGGGGUUGGGUGAGGGAGGGGCUGACAUUUUUGAUUGACACGAGAGACUUAUUUGUCUCCUUUUCUGUGUUUUUGUAUUAUAUAUACAUAUAUAAAUACAUACACAGUUUAUAUAUUUCUUUGCGUUAUGUAAAAUAUAUAUGUGUGUGUGUGUGCAUGCGUGUGCACGCAUAUGAAUAAAAGCUCCGGCUCUGGAUUAAAUGUAUUCUGAACCAACGAAGCUUUAUAUAUAAUUGGUUCAGAACACUUCAGAGGCAUCAGGGGCGGAGCUUUUGCGUGGCAGCCAAUCCGUGGCUGACUGAGAAAUUAUGUAUGUAUACACGAAUAAAUGAAAUCCAUACCAGGGCAGGAAUGCUGUAAUUUCUAGCUAAUGUGCUCAAAAUUUCAGUUCAGAGCUGUAGAACUGUAGAUUAUAUUCUAAUCCUGAGUUUAACACUCGCUCUUUUCUCUCCGUUAGUAUCAGAAUUCCUCAGGUUUCUUUGUUUAUUGAUCACACCAUGAGUUCCUUCAAAAAGCAGGGUUUUUUUUAAUUGAAUAAAACAAUCCAUUGAAUGCUAGACUUUGAAGUGAUAGUGUUAGGUUCGAGCUGAACAUGAAUGGUGCAUCGUUAGCCGAGGUUCGCAGGCUGUCGGCCGUGGCGCCGAUUGUUCAGCAUUGUGAACUGAGGAGCUGAGCAUUUCCUGUUUUCUGUGUUAAAUCGUCGAUGCUGUGUAGUUGUUGUUGUAACCACUACUUGAACAUUCGUUACAUUUUUUUUUUCCCCCCCUUUCCACUUUUAACAUCAUCUUAAAUGGAAAAACUGUAUAUUUUAAUCAGAAUGUCUUAAUACACAAAUGUAACAGUUUAAAAAAAAAAAAAUCAACAAAAUAUGUAAAUACAGUACAGCACAGUUGCUCCUUGCCAAAUUCUGGCUUGUAUGUUUUGUUUUUAUUUUGUUUUUAUUUUGUUUAUAUAUAUAUAUAUAUAUAUAUAUACAAUCUUCAUUGUGCGUGUUUUAUGGUAUGUAUAUGUACAUAUGCUGACCUGAGAACUGUUACCAAGCAAAAAAAAAAAAAAUUAAACAAAACAAAAAAAAACAGUAAAAGGUUUUAAAAAAGUAUAAAAUCUCAUAAAAUGGUGAAAAAAGAGAGAUUUAAAAAAAAGAUCAGGGCAAAUCUGAACUGUUUGUUGGAAACUGUAGAUGAGGAGCUUUCUCCAGCCAUAUAGUUCAAUCUUCUCUGUACAGUAGGUGCCAGCUAUAUUAUUGUAAUGAUAUGUAGUAACUGUAUAGUGUAUCUAGAGUUUGGAGUGCCUUUGCUUCCAUUCACCCCUUUUUUCCCUCCUCGAACCUCAUCCUUUACUCACACAGUACUGUAACUCUCUCUGUGCCGCUCGGAGUGUGUGCUGUUGGUCGGUCGGUGUUCUGGCCUACCUCUUUAUUUACAUUAUUAACCCCGUCAGUGAUAACUGUUUCAUUUGUGCUAUUUUAGUAACUCAUGAUCUGGUUGUUGUCUAAGGCACCAGAGCUGGAAUUUGAGUGGAAUAAAAUUCUCUUUUGGCAUUAGAGUCAGAGGUCCAGGUCAAAUUUACUAAUUGAUGCACUGUUUCACAAAAUGUAACUGAUUUAACGAUUUCUUUAACUUUUUAUGAUUUGUAGCAUAUUCAAGGCAACAUUAACAUGCCUGGAUGCUGCGCUGCAUGGCUUUAAUGGUACUAAGAAAAAUGUAAAUCCAGUAACUGUUCAAAUCAUUCAAUUAAGAGUAUUUAGGAGAAUACAUGCAAUAAAGUAGGUAAUUAGGAUUUGUUUUUAAAUAUGCUUAUUUUUCAAUUAACAUAAGGUAAUCAGCUGAGUUCUGCAAAAAGAACUGUAUAACGGUUUAUACAGCAGUUCGUUUCAGUCCACUAACGUGACUGGACAAGUGGCGUUCCAAUAGUGCUGAUAUUUAAUAUAACAGCACCGGGACAUUUCACUGUUUGUAUCACGCCACUUGUCUGUGUUCACUACAUACAAUUCCAAACCGAGCAACAGUUCGUUACAUUGAAACCGUUACUACGCUUACCACGGACCGUCAGUCAGUCUGUGCAUCGGCAUGGCAACACGCAAUGCUUUAUCCAGCUGUUGCUUCUAUAGGAACUAUUUCCAUUGACAGAGCAAAAAUAAACAAAAUAUUUGGGCAUAUAGUGUGUCUGAAAUGUCAGUUACUCGGUAUUAAUUUCUUAUUUAUAGAACUGUUGUAUAAAAGCAAUAUCACACCUGCAAUCAUGCUGUUGUGCUGAAUAUCACCUGAAUAUUACCUGUGAUUACCUGCGGCCGAAUCACAGCCGUGCCAGUAUUCACCAUAGAAGCACUCUUGCCCGUGUGAUAUUGCUUAAUUGACACCUGGACCUUGGUGGGUUUUUUUCUUUUUUUUUUUUUUUUUUUUUUUUUUUUUUUUAAAGGCCAGUAUUUCUUAGGUCAGAUGACAACAUGGUGUCUUAAUGUAAGUGUAGGUGUGUGUGUGUGUGUGUGUGUGUGUGUGUGUGUGUGUGUGUGUGUGUGUGUGUGUGUGUAGGACAACUGAGUCUGUCCUCAACCCCGGGUCAUAGUGCCGUCCCUACGGGCAAUAACUCCUCAGCAUACACACUUGUGUUUGGCCGGCCGACAGCAGCACUUUAAGGGCGUCACGUAGCACCCACAAUCCUCCAUUCCUCCAACUCCCCCCCGUGUAAAGCUCGCUUUGUAAAUUAUGCAUUCAUAGUUCAUGUUACUUUCCACAAACCGUGUGACCACUUCUUGUGACUAAACUAAAGUUUAACUAAGAGUAAAGAAAGGUUUAAAAAUGGAAAAGCCAAAAAAUAAUAACGUUAGCUAUAUUCAGACAUUACUUUACACACAUCGUCAAGAAAAAAAGGUGUCUUGGUUUAAAGUGAAAAUAAAGAAAAAAAAAAAUACAACCUGUAUAACAUUACUACUACUUGAAUGAUUCUGUUUGUGACUGAUUUUUUUUUAUUAUUAUUAUUUUAAUUUUAAAUAUAUACAUCUUUUUUCUGUGAAGGUAUGCUAAAUGUCUCCUUUUCUUUGUAAAUAAUGUCCGUUUUGGUCCUCGGUGUGACUCGGAUUCAGAGAAUAGUUACCUGGUACUGUAAUUUGCAUUAAAUAAAGAGUAGGAUAGCUUGGAAAUGAA